AUGAGCAUGAGGAGGGCAGACACUCAUUACCAGGUUCUUGGAACUUGCAAUCAUGCUUCAGCAGCAGAAAUCAAAGCUGCAUUCAAGCGACAAGCCCUUGCUCUGCAUCCUGAUAAAGGAGGGUCAAAAGAGGCCUUCCAGAGAGCAUUGAGGGCUUUUGAGGUUCUGUCUGAUGAGAGCAGCAGAACAGAGUAUAACCGGAGUCUGCAAAAGGCCAAGAGUUUCAGGCGAACUCGGCCACUUGGCAAAAAGCCUUCACCAUUUGGAAGCGUCGGAGGAAGCGUCGGAGGAUGCCUCGGAGGCCAUCCAAAAUCUGCCAAGGCUGGCAAGCAAAGUCCAGCAAAGGCAAAGAUGUUUCGAGGUGGACCUCAGAAGGGACAGCCACAAUGUGACUUUCAUCAAGCAGAUCUGAGCGGAGAUGUAAGGAGUUCCCAUCGUCUCAGCCAGACAAAGACAGUGGAGGAUGAACUGAUGGCCAAAGUCUUCUCCCUGUUGCAGAAGCUUCCUCCAAGCAGGCGCUUGAAGCUGUUGCAAGAUUGCUUCUCGCAAACCCAUCGCUUGGCUUUGGAAGCUUGGGUGCUGGCCUACCGGGACAUGCACAAAGGACAAAGACUACUGUCCGUCACAGAACCCGAAACAGCCAGCUUUUCACCCGUUGCCGAUCCUUCAGAAGGCUCGAGCAAACGGUGCCAGCAACACCAUUUAGCAGCCUCGCAGCAUGCUAUGCUUGAAGCUGUUGACCGCCAGAAAACACUGGCCAUCACAGAUUCAGAACAGGCCAAGGCAGCGAUGGCGACAAACAAGUUUACAGAGAAGCAGCCUCCAAAGGCUGCCAAUACAAUGCGUGGCAUUGCCUCCUUCUACCGCAAGGGCAUCGCUAUCUAUCAGGUCAGUGUUUGCGUGCAGAGCCUUUGCAUCACAGCAAGGAAAGUGAAGGAGUUGGACAGAGCGAUUGACAUCCUUUUGAUUCUGAUGUCGAUCAAACAGAAAAUUGGACGUGUUGAGCCUGAGCUCUUUGCCCAGAAUAUGACUGCCAUCGUUCCAGCAGUAUUGGAAGAGCAUGGAAUGACAGCAGAGGACCUUGGUCUGCGCUUUCAGGUGAUGAUGUGCAUGCGGUUUUGGGUUCGGCCACCUUUGCAUACACCUCAGCAGACAAAGCUGGAAGACGCUCUUAGUGCGUGGUGUCGCUUGAUUCGUUUCCGCUCACCUGUGGGUCAAGGAGCUCGAGGAUUUGCUCGCAUGGAUCUAAACGAGCUACAGGAGCGAUGGCUUGCCUUCAGGGAGGAAUAUCUCGAUAUCCUGGAGAUUGGAGGCUCCGGAGGGCACUGUGGAGACAGACGAUUGAGUGCCAGCAGAAGGUUGGAUGCCUUGGCGGAGGUAGACUGGGCAUUCUGUGGCUCAGCCCAUUCAAGUUUGAAUGUCGACCUGGAUUGCCUGCUUGAAGAAAGUGGAUCUCUCCAAAAAGCCACUUACCUCAGCCUGGGUGAAGCCGCCCGACAAGGAGACCUUGGAGUCAUCCUUGUAAAGCUGCGUACUGGUAUGGAUCCCAAUGAACGGGACAAACAACACCCGAAGUACACGCCGUUGCAUCGUGCGACUUCGGGUGGCCAUCAGCACGCCGUCCGGUUGCUACUGAAAGCACAGGCCGAUGCAUUGAUGCGGGACCGUUUGGGCUUCAGUGCACUUCACUUCGCGGCGAACCAAACUGUUGGCCUCGUUGCUGAUCUGUUGCGUGCCAGGUGUGAUGUCAAUGCUGCCAACCUCCAGCAGAUGACUCCGCUGCACAGCGCUGCGGGCAUGGGCAGAGUGGAUAUCUGCGAAGUGCUGCUGGAUGCCGGUGCUUCCUCCGGUGCUGGUGCUGCCAGUCCAGCUGAUUUGGCCAGGCGUGCUGCCGAACGCAGGUCAGGGGCAGACAGGGAGGCCUGCCUGAACCUGGCGGAACAACUGGCCACAAAAGGACAGGCACCCGCGAAAUCCUCCUGGUUCUACGAAAGUGAGCCCAUUGAGUUUGCAAACUCCCAAUCAGUUGAAUGGCUACCGUUUGAAGAAAACGCUUCAGAACUGCUGGAAGCUGCACACCUCCGAGGGGAAGAGCAAGUUGAAAUCGAAACAUCUACCAGUACUUUCUUGGUGCAUUUGAAGGACAUUGGGCAGGACUUGUAUCCACCGGGGCUCAACAGUUCCGUCCAACUUGCGCCGUUUGCCCAACUGGCAGUUAACUGGACCAAAGUCGUCCGAAUUGAAAGCGUUUGGAUCAUUUUGGAUCGAGAUGUGACAAAAAUGUCGAAGAUGACUUGCUGGGAGAGGGAAAGCUUCAUUCUCAAGAUUGAACAAGUUGGAUCGCUUGUCGUUGUGAAGGCAUCCAGACCUCAGCGUGAGAGACGGCUUGAGCGCUGGAAUCGGUUGGCCAUGCUACAGGAGGACCGACCUCGACACCAGAGCAAGAAAGCUGCUCGCGCAUUUGAACGUGAGCAACGCGGGCGCAAGCGCAAAGCAACACACCUUGCUGUUCGCUGCCGAAGCCAUCGCAAAGAUGCGCCUUCCACUGGAGGCCGCCGAAGAUCUUGGUGCGAGACUUCGAAGUCGUGCAAGAGUGCAGAGGCCAAUGAGCCUACAUGGAAGCGACUGCUUCGGCUACUUGGGCGCUGGGAUCGAGCUCAUCAAAAAGGCCAACGAAUCUUUGCAGCUGAAAAAAAGGCAGCUGCAAAAGAGGCUGCAUUCCAGAAGCAAAAGGAGGCACAGGCAGCACAGCAAGCUCAACGUGAGAGAAGAGCUGCCAUGUCAGUGGAAAGAGCAGCCGCCAAGCGGAUGCGCGAAGAGCAGAGAUCACGAUGGAAGUGGCUGAAUCGAAAGGAUAUCACGAUGGAGGAAUUGCUUCACUCCAAAGGCUGUCACGCAGAGGCGUGUGAGGGGGGUUUACCGCCAUGUCAGCCGGGAUUUACAUCACCUUUGUUAGUCUGA